AUGGCUGAUGUAGAUGAUAUUCAGCCCCUCGUCUGUGACAAUGGAACUGGAAUGGUUAAGGUGAUUUUUUUUCUUCUUAAUUACUUGUAAAUAAAAAACUUCAUUUUAAGUUAAAGCAUUAUGGGUGUUGAUGAUGUGUAAUUUUUAUUUUUUUAUCGUAUUAUAGGCUGGAUUUGCUGGGGAUGAUGCUCCCAGAGCUGUCUUCCCGAGUAUUGUUGGUCGGCCUCGUCAUACUGGUGUCAUGGUUGGCAUGGGACAGAAAGAAGCCUAUGUGGGUGAUGAGGCCCAAUCUAAGAGAGGAAUUUUGACGUUGAAAUACCCUAUUGAACAUGGAAUUGUCAGCAAUUGGGAUGACAUGGAGAAAAUUUGGCAUCACACUUUCUACAAUGAGCUUAGAGUUGCCCCAGAGGAGCAUCCUGUUCUCCUCACUGAAGCGCCCCUUAAUCCGAAGGCCAACAGAGAGAAGAUGACGCAAAUCAUGUUUGAAACCUUCAAUGUUCCAGCUAUGUAUGUUGCAAUUCAGGCUGUCCUCUCUCUAUAUGCCAGUGGUCGUACAACAGGUAUGCAAAAGUGAAGAACCAGCUACUACAAGUUUUCUGCCUGCACUUUGUUUCCUACACUAUUUUUAUGAAUCCAUGCUUAAUGUUCUAAUUGGCGAAUCUAAGUGAUCUAGCUGGUAUAUUAUAUUACAUUCGAUUCACGUACAGAAUUCCUUUUCAAUACAUGCCAUCCUGGGUUGUGAAAGUAGUCGCUCUCGAAAGGAAGUAUCUGGCAUAGGAUAUUAUAUUCAUGUGCAUAGCUUUCUCCAAUAUACCUGCAUUUAUUCAUGAAUAUAUAUAUAUAUGUAUUUUUUUCGUGUGAGGCGUUGACUUUUUCCGUUUUGUACGUUGUCUUAGAAUGAAUGUCUUGCAGGGCAUGUGCAGCAAUUUGAUGACCUGAAAAUGUCACAUGGUUUGGGUUUCUUGGGUAGACAUGCAUAUGAUGAUUUUAAGGUCUUGCACCACGGAAAGUUGACUUUUUUUGUUGAAAAUUUCUACCUUUUGAGUUACAAAAAGAGAGAAUUCCGUUGUGGCACAUGUGGUUUGUAGGUCCGGUUAGAUUCAUCGUCGUCCCUUCUCUCCCCUCCCUGUUCUGAUUCCCAUCGUCUUCCUGGCAAGUUUACUACCAUUCUGUCACUCGGUGUCCAUUUCUCUGCAGCAGUUCCUUUUUUUUUCUCCAUUUUUUUCCUUUUCCAUCACCUGCAUCCUCCGUUUCUUCAUGGGCCGGCCUCAUUUCUCUCUCAGGUAUCGUCCUGGACUCGGGCGACGGCGUGAGCCACACCGUGCCCAUCUACGAGGGCUACGCCCUCCCGCACGCCAUCCUCCGGCUCGACCUCGCCGGGAGGGACCUCACCGACGCCCUGAUGAAGAUCCUGACGGAAAGGGGCUACUCCUUCACCACGACCGCCGAGCGGGAAAUUGUGCGCGACAUCAAGGAGAAGCUGGCCUACAUCGCCCUGGACUACGAGCAGGAGCUGGAGGCGGCGAGGAGCAGCUCCUCGGUGGAGAAGACCUACGAGCUGCCCGACGGGCAGGUGAUCACCAUCGGCGCCGAGCGGUUCCGGUGCCCGGAAGUCCUCUUCCAGCCGUCGCUCGUCGGCAUGGAGGCUGCUGGCAUCCACGAGACCACCUACAACUCCAUCAUGAAGUGCGAUGUGGACAUCCGCAAGGACCUCUACGGCAACAUCGUCCUCAGCGGCGGCUCCACCAUGUUCCCCGGCAUCGCGGACCGCAUGAGCAAGGAGAUCACCGCCCUCGCCCCCAGCAGCAUGAAGAUCAAGGUGGUGGCCCCCCCCGAGCGCAAGUACAGUGUCUGGAUCGGCGGCUCCAUCCUCGCCUCCCUCAGCACCUUCCAGCAGGUACCACCGCCAAACUCUCCACCCCCCCUCCUUCGUCCUUCUCCCUUCGCCUCCCUAAUUCGGCUCAUCUUGUGCAGAUGUGGAUAACCAAGGGAGAGUACGAGGAGUCCGGGCCCGCCAUUGUACACAGGAAGUGCUUCUAG